UGACUCUCUACAAAAAAACAAAAAAACAAAAAAAAAAAAAAAAGUAUCCAAGCUCACUAAAGUCUGCAUUGUAUGUUUUCUGGAAACCUUAACGAAACAGAAGAGAAAGAAAGCAAAAAAUGAAGAUGACAUGGAAAAAGAAGAGCGGGAGCAAGCGGUUAGCGAUACCUAAUCUCCCUUUCCAAAACGAUGAAGACGAUCAACAAAAUCAAUCAGAUUCUUCACUCAAUUCCAGUUACAAUAAUAAUCCCAACAAAACCCUUGAUUCUUCUUCCCUUGCAAAUGCUUUCCAUGAACAAGGCAACAAGCUUGCUGAGGAUGGUAAAUAUCGCGAAGCACUUGGAAAAUGGGAGGCUGCUAUUACCCUGAUGCCAGAAAAGGCUGUUUUACACGAACAGAAGGCUCAAAUAUUACUUGAAGUUGGAGAUUCCUGGGGUGCUUUGAAAGCAGCAACUCGAGCCACUGAAUUGGAUCCAUCAUGGGCUGAGGCUUUGACGACCCUUGGUAGAGCACAGCUGAAUUACGGGGAGCCUGAUAGUGCAAUUGAAACUUUCGACAAGGCUUUGGCCAUUAAGCCUGAAUUAGCCGAUGCACAAGAGGAUAGACAAACUGCUUUACAGCUUGUGAAGAAGAGAAAGCACCUUCACUUAUCAGGCUUAAGCACGGAGAGAUCUCGUUAUUCAGUUGGUGAUAGAGGCGAACCCAACCUCCCCGGUUCAGCUUGAUUGCUCUGUAGUAUAGCACUAUGCUAAGACCAUGAGGUCAUAGGGUCGAGUCACCCCUGUAGCUGAGCUGGCUAACCUGUGAUAUAGAGCGAUAUAGAGCAGCUGCUUUUACUCGAGAUAUUACAGCUUGUACAAUUGCAGCAAUUAGGCAAAUUCUAGUAUUUCUAGAUGUACAUAACCAGUGUUUGAGUAUAGUUGUAACUAGUAAGAGACAGAUUUAGGGGCACAUCUACAGAAUUUUCAUCUGUUUUAACAACAUUAAAACUAAAAGGAAACUUUCUGAUGCA